AUGCGUCCGUUCUCCGGCAGCGAUUGCCUUAAGCCCGUCACCGAGGGCAUCAACCGGGCCUUCGGCGCCAAGGAGCCCUGGCAGGUGGCCACCAUCACGGCCACCACGGUCCUGGGAGGCGUCUGGCUCUGGACUGUGAUCAGCCAUGAUGAAAAUCUUUACAUCCGUGGCAAGCGUCAGUUCUUUAAGUAUGCCAAGAAGAUUCCUGCCGUGCGUCGUCAGGUGGAGACUGAAUUAACCAAGGCUAAGAACGACUUCGAGGCGGACAUCAAGAAGAGCAACGCCAACCUCACCUACUCGGAAACCCUGCCCGAGAAGGGACUCAGCAAGGAGGAGAUCCUCCGACUGGUGGAUGAGCACCUGAAGACCGGUCACUACAACUGGCGUGAUGGUCGCGUAUCUGGCGCAGUCUACGGCUACAAGCCCGAUCUGGUGGAGCUCGUCACUGAGGUGUACGGCAAGGCCUCCUACACCAAUCCCUUGCACGCCGAUCUCUUCCCGGGAGUCUGCAAAAUGGAGGCGGAGGUAGUGCGCAUGGCCUGCAACCUGUUCCAUGGAAACGCAGCCAGUUGUGGAACCAUGACCACCGGCGGCACCGAAUCCAUUGUAAUGGCCAUGAAGGCGUACAGGGAUUACGCGAGAGAGCACAAGGGAAUCACCAGGCCGAACAUCGUGGUGCCUAAGACGGUCCACGCGGCCUUCGACAAGGGUGGCCAGUACUUUAACAUCCACGUGCGCUCGGUGGAUGUCGAUCCGGAGACCUACGAGGUGGACAUUAAGAAGUUUAGGCGUGCCAUUAAUAGGAACACGAUUCUGCUGGUUGGUUCUACUCCGAACUUCCCCUAUGGAACCAUCGAUGACAUCGAAGCUAUCGCUGCUCUGGGCGUUAAGUACGACAUUCCCGUGCACGUGGACGCCUGCCUGGGCAGCUUUGUGGUGGCCCUGGUCCGCAACGCCGGCUACAAGCUGCGUCCCUUCGACUUUGAGGUCAAGGGUGUGACCAGUAUCUCCGCUGAUACCCACAAGUACGGUUUCGCACCGAAGGGUUCGUCGGUGAUCCUUUACUCGGACAAGAAGUACAAGGACCAUCAGUUCACUGUGACCACUGACUGGCCUGGUGGCGUGUAUGGCUCUCCCACAGUCAACGGCUCCCGUGCUGGUGGUAUUAUCGCCGCUUGCUGGGCUACCAUGAUGAGCUUUGGCUAUGACGGUUAUCUGGAGGCCACCAAGCGCAUUGUGGAUACGGCGCGUUAUAUCGAGAGGGGCCUUCGCGACAUCGAUGGCGUCUUCAUUUUUGGCAAGCCAGCUACUUCGGUGAUUGCCCUGGGCUCCAAUGUGUUCGACAUUUUCCGGCUAUCGGACUCGCUGUGCAAACUGGGCUGGAACCUGAAUGCCCUGCAGUUCCCAUCUGGUAUUCACCUUUGCGUGACGGACAUGCACACACAGCCCGGAGUCGCGGAUAAAUUCAUUGCCGAUGUGCGCAGCUGCGUUGCGGAGAUCAUGAAGGAUCCCGGCCAGCCCGUCGUUGGAAAGAUGGCUCUCUACGGCAUGGCCCAGAGCAUACCCGACCGUUCGGUGAUCGGAGAAGUGACUCGCCUGUUCCUGCACUCCAUGUACUACACUCCCAGCCAGAAAUAGACACCUGGAGCAAUGAUGUCCCCUUACUCUUCGCCAACCCCACGGAGCUAAUGCAUUUCCUGUGCUGUAUUUAAACCACCAAAACACCCCGUCGUUAAACCUUCCUCAAGCAAUUUAUAUUAGGCUGCAAUUAGUGCUGUAAUCGAGGGUACAAAACGUCGUUCUACGCGAAAAUGAUCUAUAUUCAUCCCAUUUGUCAACAUUCGUCGCUCUAAGAGCCAUGUUAUUGAAGUGUUUUUCUGUGUAACUUGCUAGUGAAAUAAUAUAUUAUUAAUCAAUUUUUGUCUACUGAA